UGAGAAAUGUCUGUUGAGUUACUUAGGCUGGCCUUAAACCCACUCUGUAACUGAGACAGGCGUUGAACCUUUGAUCUCCCUGCCUUAGAUUUCCAUGUAGCUAAGAGUACCAGCUUUCACUACCAGACCUCUUUGAACUGUCUACACACGACUAGUGCCAGCCUUCUCUGCUUCUCCCGUUGUUUUUUCCCCCUGAGGGUUCCUGGCCCUCUACUUCCUCAUAGCCUAUCUCACUUCUUUAAAGAGGGGUUCUUAUCUUGAUGGAGCUUGAAAAGCCCUCUGGGGGUAGGGCAGGGGGAAGGCAGAAGCCUUGACAGUGUCUGGGGAAGUAAGAAGGGUAGCACUUUCAGAUUUAGCCGCGUAGAACUGUGUCCUCCUGGUUACUGGGAGACCAGGGAUGUGUGGCUGAAGCUGAUGGUCCUGUGACAGGCCCUUUUGGAGAAGAGUCUCCAAGAGAACAUCACCCUGGACAGAAUGAGUGAACGGUGAGUUCUCAACGGCUGCUGCGUGUGGACUUUCGGGCAGAUGCCCGGCAAGAGCUAGGUCCUCUGGUCUAUACAUGUCCUGCUGGCAAACCUGCAGCGUCUCCGAGACAGCAUGGCAUCUGACAACACCACAGCAGCACUGUGGUUGAAAAUCACCUACAUCUCCAUGGAGGUUAUCAUCGGGCUCUGUGCUGUAGUGGGCAACAUGCUGGUCAUCUGGGUGGUCAAGCUGAACCCCAGUCUGAGGACCACCACCUUCUAUUUCAUAGUCUCCCUCGCACUGGCUGACAUUGCUGUCGGGAUACUGGUCAUGCCUUUGGCCAUUGCUGUCAGCCUGGAAGUGAAGAUGCACUUCUAUACCUGCCUUUUCAUGGCCUGCGUGAUUCUGAUCUUCACCCACGCCUCCAUUAUGUCCUUGCUGGCCAUCGCUGUAGACCGUUACCUGCGGGUCAAGCUGACAGUCAGGGAGUUGGAAGGUUUAUUAUCUCUUCCUCCCUUUUCCCAGCAAGUCCUUUCCUGUUUCUGUGAACUCACAACUUUUUUUUUCCAUUCAAACAGAUACAGGGCGGUCACCACUCAAAGAAGAAUAUGGCUCUCCCUGGGCCUUUGCUGGCUAGUAUCUUUCCUGGUGGGACUGACCCCCAUGUUUGGCUGGAAUAAAAAAGUGAUCUCAGGGCUCUCCCAGAAUAUGACCACCCUUUCUUGCCAUUUCCGUUCGGUCGUGUGUCUGGAUUACAUGGUCUUCUUCAGUUUCAUCACCUGGAUCCUCAUUCCCCUCGUUGUCAUGUGCAUCAUCUAUCUGGACAUCUUCUACAUCCUCCGCAAGAAACUCAGUCAGAACUUGUCUGGCUUCCGAGAGACACGAGCGUUUUACGGACGGGAGUUCAAGACAGCCAAGUCCCUGUUCCUGGUUCUCUUCUUGUUUGCCUUGUGCUGGCUGCCGUUGUCCAUCAUCAACUUUGUUUCCUACUUUAAAGUUAAUAUACCAGAGGUCGCAAUGUGCCUGGGGAUCCUGCUGUCCCACGCGAACUCCAUGAUGAACCCUAUUGUCUACGCUUGUAAAAUAAAAAAGUUCAAGGAAACCUACUUUGUCAUUCUCAAAGCUUUUAGGGUCUGUCAGAGCUCAGUUUCUUUGGACUCCAACACUGAACAGACGACUGACUAGUUACCACGACACAUAAAGAGCCAUCUUGCCAGCCUUCAUGUUCAGCACCAACGAGCCCCAUAGGCCUUAUCGGACCUUCCUGUUUCCUUCCACUGCCGUGGGAUCAGCUGACCAGUGGCCACACAGUUCCACUCCUCCGGUCUCUGCUUCAGUUAUUUUCUUGCUCGGUUCUGCGGGAGCCUGACAUGAAGACCAUGAAUGACUGAUCAUCAUGGGCUGUGUCCUUCCUUCCCAGACACGAGAAGUAAUGAAAUCUCGGGGGUGUCUCAACUUACUAAAGAAAAAUUCUAGCUAAGCUGGAUGUACCGAAUCUGCUUGGGAAGAUUCCUAAGACAUUGAGAACAGAGGGAGUGGGCUGAGUUUAUAGAGGGCUUAACCGGCUAAGCUGACCUCUGUGGGUGUAUUUAGGCAAAUAAAAGAUGAUGGCCGCUGUUGUGCGGCUCUUGGCUGGGA